AUGGCGACGAUGGGAUCAGGUAGAUGGAAAGAGACCCGGGCCUGGCGGGAUGAUUUUGUUGGGCAGAGAUUAGUGCUUGGCUCCAGACCGAUCCAUGGAAUCGAUGCGAGUGCAAUCAACGAGAGGCCUGUGAGAGGAAAAGUAUUCGUAGAAAUUGGGAUCCGUAUUAGCUUGGUGUCUGUAGUGUAUGCGUAG